GUUGGUUCAAUAGUACUUUUCAGGAUGACAGUGAUUAUUCUACUCCUGCUGGUACUUGCGUUGACUUUUUCUGAAGCGGAGGACAAUGAGCUGUUCUCCGUGAUCAGCACCCCCCCUGAGAAGGGCCAGAGUGUUUUACCCGACCCUGGCCAGAAUCAGAGCACAAGGCUAGGGGCCAAAGACCCCUCUCUCACCAUCAACGAGCCCCUGGAAAAGAGCAGCAAAGCCGGGGACCCCAAGUACGCCCUCCACCCCCUUCCCUCUGGGGUCUGGCCCAAGCACAGUGACCCUCGCCCCGGCCCCCACAACAAGAGCAAGAAGGGCCCUAAAAAUGACCGCCUGAUCGAGCACAACAGCGAGAAGAACCGCGGCGAGGCGAGUCUAGCACUUCCCAAAACGCCACUGACCGCUGCUACCAACCGCACACAAAAAGUAAACGUGGACCCUUACCGAGACCCCCACACUAACUUCAACAACCCCCCGCAGAUUGACCCGGACAGUCACCCCAACUCCAGAUCCAGGGGCCACCCCCACAUUCACCCAGCCACCCCCCCUCGCAGGGACCUCCCAACCAGAAAGAUGGACCCGGAGGAGAACCGCCCUGGAGGGAAGUCCAGUCUGUACCAGUCCGGCAGCGCCAACCGGAAUAACAGCCGCUCAUCUGUGCUCCUCAACCGUCGCUCCUCCAGCCUGCUCUACCACUUCGACAUCCUGAAACGAGAGUCUGACUUCACUCACGAGGCCGUCUGCAUGAGUGAGUGCAGGAAGGAGAAGGAGGAGAGAGAGCACUACUGCUACAGUGAAUUUGCCGUCAAUGGGAUCGUUCAUGACAUAGACAUGGUGCGUAAGGGGAUUAGACUCAUCACACUGAUGGUGAGCAGCGAUGGCUUCUACAAGAUGAGCCGUCUCUACGUCACUCCAGACAGCUUCUUUCUCAAAGUGCGUCUCCUAGUCCUGGACACCUACAAAUGUAGCAAGCCUUGUCCUGACAUCAAACUAGGUAGCCGGUACAUUGUAAUGGGCCAGAUCUACCACCGGAGGCGCCACCUCCCCAAUGACCUUCUGGCCCUGCUGGGGGGCAAACUGAAGCCAGGGGACGGCCUCCUGCGCAGCAACAACUACGUCAAGCGCUUCAACAAGAGGAGACACCAGAAAGCCCUGGAGGCUACCCGCUCCAAGUGUAGGUGAAACCAAAACACACUAUCGCCCCCUGCAGCGGUAUAAAAGACAUUGCAGCCGUCAACAUGAAGUGACUGUGACCUAUAACCCUACAGCAUUUCAGCAGAGACGUAGAUGGACGAGCCCAAUGUGCUGUUGUUUUUCCCGGCAUGGACCUCCUGCACUUGUUUGUAUCAUAAUCCAGGUUGAGUGGUAAUGUUUUUGCUUGUCUGUCUGUACAGUCUUUACCUUGCAGCUUUGCGUCCUCUUCGAUAGAAGACACAAGUGGAGUCUAUAUCAAAGGUUCUCGUCUUUAAACCUCUGCUUGAAGUGUUGCCCCAUCAGAUUUCCUCAUACUGUUGCUCUCUAUUAUUGUGCAUGAGCAUUUAGUUGGAUAGAGGGCACACUUAACAAAGGUAAAAGAUGAGCUCUCUAGUAUACCUCUAUGUUCAUAAGUCUUCUAUACUCAUUUAUUAAGAUGUCGUAGUACUUCAAAUGAUCAUUUAUUCAUGUCUGGUACAUGAAUCAGUCAGAUCAGUGCCUCCCUCUUAUUGGUUUCUUUUACGAUUUAAAUAUUCUGCCAGCAAACCCAGAGUUCUGGUUCAAUGGAAUCAUUUAGGUAGAGGACAUUUUCAUUGGCAAAUUCGAUGUAACACAACUUUUCAUCAGAAUGUUUUGGUUGUCCCGUGUCCACGUUUGAAGAUGUUGUCCGAGCAUGUGAAAGAAGCCCAUAUUUGCCCUGAGGGAGGAAGACUGCCAACUCCAGCCCCACUAUUCAUGCGAACACACACACACACACACACACACACACACACACACACACACACACACACACACACACACACACACACACACACACACACACACACACACACGCAUCUCCAAUUGGUUUGUUCCCGGUUAUCCCAAUCAUCCAUGGGAAAGACAAUCUGUUCAGAUCUAGUUGCACACUGGUGCUUCUCCAAUGGCAAGAGUCCAAUUACAUUUCGCCUUUGGAACUUGGUAGGAAACUUUAAAGGACUUCUUCUUGACUGAGUAUACAAUAUCAGCAAACUCCUAUUUAUGCCUGUAAGAAAAGCUGUCGCAUCUUCACACUGUUUUGUUCCUGUCAUUUGAUUGCAGGAAAUGCACUUUUACUGUAUGUGAAAGAGAAGAGGGGGGUGGGAUGUAAGACUAGAAAAGGAGCAUCAACAACAACAAACCCCAGAGGAGGGAAAAGUUGAGAAAAGAGACAAAAAGAAACCUAUUUUUCUAAUGUUAAAGAUGUGUACACGUUGAAAUAUCCGACGGAGAAAACAGACUUCAUAAGGGAACCUGGUGGUAUUAGUGAAUGUUUUUGUAAACCUAAUCGUGGAAAUCUGAUCCCCGGGGCACCUGGACACACGGAUUCAGAAAAGUGCGGCUCUCCUUGCCGGCUCUCUUUGGAGAUGGUGAGGUGAAAGCUAAUGCCACCUCUGACCCUUAUUUGCUCAUGCACACACACACAAACACACGCACCCACAUCCGAUGCGGAACAAAGUUCAAAGGAGACAUUUUAGAGUGGCAUAGCAAGGAGAGAUGUGGGAAGGAGGGAGGGAAGGAGGGAGGGAAGGAGAGAAGGAGGAGGAGGGAAGGAGAGAAGGAGGAGGAGGGAAGGCAAAAAAGAAAGAAGAGAAAGAAGGUUAUAGUGCCUACAGAAAGUAUUCACACCCCUUGACUUUUUCCUCACUUUGUUGUGUUACAAAGUGGGAUUAAAAUGGAUUUAAUUGUCAUUUUUGGUCAACGAUCAACACAAAAUACUUUUUAAUGUGGAAGAAAAAAUUGAAUAUUUAUUACAAAGUUUGGAAAAAUAAAAUACUAAUAUAUCUUGAUUAGGUAAGUAUUCAUCGCAUCAUAGACAAAACAUGUUACAAACACAUUUGGAAGAGGUUACAGCUGUGAGUCUGUAGGUGAGUCUCUAAGAGCUUUGCACACCUGGAUUGUACAAUAUUUGCCCAUUAUUCUUGGUAACAUUCUUCAAGCUCUGUCAAGUUGGUUGUUGAUUGUUGUUAGAAAGCCAUUUUCAAGUCUUGCCAUAGAUUUUAAAGUCGAUUUAAGUCAAAACUGUAACUAGGCCACUCAGGAAUAUGCAAUGUCUUGUUGGUAAGCAACUCCAGUGUAUAUUUGGCCUUGUGUUUUAGGUUAUUGUCCUGCUGAAAGGUGAAUGUGUCUCCCAGUGUCUGUUGGAAAGCAGACUGAACCAGGUUUUCCUCUAGGAUUUUGCCUGUGCUUAGCUGUACUCUGUUUAUUUUUAUCCUAAAAAACUCCUGAGUCCUUGCUGAUGACAAACAUACCCAUUAGAUGAUGCAGCCACCACCAUGCUUGAAAAUAUGAAGAGUGGUACUCAGUGACAUGUUGUGUUGGAUUUGCCCCAAACAUAACGAUUUGUAUUCAGGACAAAAAGUUGUUGAUCCAUCCUCAGUUUUCUCCUAUCACAACCAUUAAACUCUGUAACUGUUUUAAAAUCAUCAAUGGCCUCAUGGUGAAAUCCCUGAGCAGUUUUCUUCCUCUCUUGCAACUGAGUUAGGAAGGACAGGCUGCAUCUUUGUAGUGACUGGAUGUAUUGAUGCAUCAUCCAAAACCUAAUGAAUAACUUCACCAUGCUCAAAGGGAUAUUCAGCAUCUGCUUUAUUUUGUAUAAUUUUUUACACAUCUACCAAACGGUGGCCUUCUUUGAGAGACAUUGGAAAACCUCCCUGGUCUUUGUGGUUGAAUCUGUGCUUGAAAUUCACUACUCAAUUGAGGUACCUUACAGAUAAUUUUAUGUGUGGGGUACAGAGAUUGGGUAGUCAUUCAAAAAGAAUGUUAACCACUAUUAUUGAACACUGAAUGAGUCCAUGCAACUUAUGUGAUUUGUAAAACACAUUUUUACUCCUGAACUUAUUUAUGCUUGCCAUAACAAAGGGGUUGAAUACUUAUUGACUCAAGACAUUUCAGCUUUUCAUUUUUUAUUAAUAAAAAAAAUGUUCUACGAACAAAAUUCCACUUUUACAUUAUGUGUAGAUCAGUGACACAAAAUCUCAAUUUAAUCAAUUUUAAAUUCAGGCUGUAACACAACAAAAUGUGGAAAAAGUCAAGGGGUGUGAAUAUUUUCUGAAGGCACUGUAUGUACAUACAUCAAGAGAGAGACCCUGGGAGAGAAAGAGAGAUCCUGGGCUCUCUCCAUUCCUGAGGGAAAACUUUGAAUGGAUGAUAAGAUAGACAUCCAGGCCACAGACCCUUGGUCUGGCCUGUCAUCUUUGACUAUGAUCAUACUUAAAAUGAGAGAAAAGCCAAAGGUUUGCACUGCGCAUAUCUCAUCUCAUACUACAUGGAACUAAUAAAGAUGUCUUUGUUUUUUACUCA